GCUGUGUCGUUUACUUCAGGACGGUUCAUUUGUGUUGAACCGACACGGUGCGUGGCUCACUGUGCCGUGUCGUUUACUUCAGGACGGAUCAUUUGUGUUGAACCGACAAGGUGCGUGGCUCACUGUGCUGUGUCGUUUACUUCAAAGCGGAUCAUUUGUGUUGAACCGACACUGUGCGUGGCUCACUGUGCCGUGUCGUUUACUUCAGGACGGAUCAUUUGUAUUGAACCGACACGGUGCGUGGCUCACUGUGCCGUGUCGUUUACUUCAGGACGGAUCAUUUGUGUUGAACCGACACGGUGCGUGGCUCACUGUGCCGUGUCGUUUACUUCAGGACGGAUCAUUUGUGUUGAACCGACACGGUGCGUGGCUCACUGUGCUGUGUCGUGCAAAGAAACUAAAGCAAAAAGCCACACGCACGCUGCAUGGAGUGACACACGAAGGAUAAAAGAGUGUCCGCGAACUCCAACAUACCUGGUGUAUGUUCAUCAUUGAUUUGUGUGGGGUUUUUUCGGUAGUUUGUGAGCGUCAUGUCCCAAAGAGUUCGUAAAAACGGCUCGCCGACGUCCAACUGCAGCUCUGUGAGCGGCGGAGGUUCGAGCGGAGCCUCGGGUCUCAGCGCCGGGGUGAGUUUAUUGAGCCGCCUGCUGCCCAUGAAAGCCACCGUGCCGUUCCAGCUCAAAGCACAGCAACAGCUCCCCCUACCUACCAGGAUGGCGCUGUCUAACGGCGGCGGCGGAGGAACCGGUGCUAACGUUAAAUGCUGCAGCGACGCAGCCGGAAGCCGCCUGUGCGCUCCUGCUCGGUCCUCUUCCUCCGCUUUGAGUCCGUCCGCAUCACCUACGUGUACCUCUUCCUCCCCCUCAUCUUCCUCAGCACUCAGAAGCAGCUCCCCCGUGUCUCAGUGCCAGCAGGUCAGUGUGGCAUCAGCUCAUGCCAGCGUGCCUUCCUCCUUUACUGUGCCCUGUCACUCUCCCUCCUUGCAGCUCAGCUCACUGACGGACAAUUUGGUGCUGACAUCCGGCUCACAUCAUCCAGGGUCUUCCUCCUGUACCCCAUCUUCUGCUUCCUCAUCUUCCCCUUCAGCAUCUUGUGGGCACAGGGGCAAAGCCCUGGCAUCUGCACAGCAGGUCUCACCUGACAAUGACAGACUGUCACCUGAGAGGAUAAGCCCGAGCUCACCUGUACACAAAGAGAGGUGCAGAGUUUCACUGGCUGGUCCAGUGGGCAGCAGCAGUGGCAGCAGCAGCUCCAGUAUCCGCCGGACUUCUUCCCUGGAUGCCCUGACCGGCCCCUAUCUAUCAGGUCACUGGCCCCGUGAUGCCACUCACACUCCCUGUGUACCCUGCAUGAGAGACAAAGCCACCCAGACCCCCAGUGCUUGGGCAGAUGAAAGCGAAGACAAGAGGAGGAGCUCUCACCAACGUUCGGCGUCCUGGGGCAGCAAUGACCAGCUUAAAGAGAUUGCAAAGUUGAGGCAGCAGCUCCAGCGCAGUAAGCACAUCAGUCGGCACCAUCGCGAUAAGGAGCGCAAAUCUCCCUUCAACGGCAACCAUGCCGCCAUUAACCAAUCACAGGCUCCCAUCCCAAAGAGCGUCCUGAUCCCUAUCCCUAUCUCCAAAUCCUCUGUCUCACGAUUUCGCAACAGUGUCGAGGGCCUCAACCAGGAGAUUGAACGCAUCAUUAUCCGAGACUCAGGAGACAAAGACGAACAGUUUAUUCCUCAGGAUGCCCCUGAUGGGCACCGUGCACCUCCUCCACUGUGCCAGCGCAGUGCCAGCUCACGCAGCAUUGACACACAGACGCCCUCAAGCAGCACUGUGGGCAGCACCCAUAGUAACAGCAGCAGCCGGUCCCAGUCUGUCUCACCCGCCUUCCUGAGUGUGCCCAAUGAACCCUGCAGUGACAGCCCCUCUCCCAAUGAGGAAACACUCAGUUACUGUCAUGAUAAAGAUCUGACUCCUGGAUCUCCUCUGCCCAAGUACGCAUCUUCCCCCAAGCCCAACAACAGCUACAUGUUCAAACGUGAGCCUCCUGAGGGCUGCGAGCGUGUCAAGGUCUUCACUGAGGAAACACAGGCCAAACCUCCGCGUGAGAUCCCGCAGUUCCUGUGCCCAGACAGAAACAAGGUCAACUUCAUCCCCAACAGCGGCUCGGCGUUCUGCCAGGUCAGCAUUCUCAAACCACACAGCUUGACGACUGUCGCUUCAGAGGCCGAACAGAGAGUGUCCCGUGGCACCAGCACCCUAUCUCAGUAGCCUUCCUCCUCUUCUUCCUCAUUAUCCUCCUCAUCCUGCCUCGCACCACAUCUAGGAGACGCAGAGAGCUUGAUAUGCAAUCAAUCAACCAAUCAAGUUUCUUGGCAAUCCUGUCCACCCACUCCACCCCAUCCCCAAAAAUAAGCACAGCGCACAAAUCAAAUAAAUCAAACAAAAGUCAAGAAACAAAAGAAAAGAAAAUGUAGGGCUCUAUUUUGGUAACACUGCUUAUAUUUGAUAAGAUAAUGACUUUGCUAUGCAGCUUUUUAGGUCAGUACUUGUACUACUUAAGGACCAGGAGGACAUGUUUUGUGAGGGUUUGUGAUAAGCAUAGAUAUAUUUUUAUUGUUCCUAUACCUUUGAUAGAUAUGAGUGAGUGCAGACAUGUGGAUGAAUAUUUUGUAUCUCUUAUAGGACACACAAAGAGAGCAUCUUUUCGUGUUUAUUGCUCUUCCUUAUUCACUCGGAGUGUGAGGCUUUAGAGACUGAGAAAAUGUACCGUUUUCUAAUAGCUUGCAGUGUAUCUCUUUUAGAGAACUGGAAUUCUUUUCCCCAUAGAGUUAGAACAGUGCAUCAUUGAAUUCAAAUGAUAUCUGAAUAUUGUGGAUGAUCCGACAAGACCAAGAGACCUGGUAUGUAGAAGCUGGGUCGAUGAAGGCCUCUGUCUUAAUGUUUUUUUUUUUGGCCUGCGCCCGUCUGUGUGUUUGGACCAUGAGGCGGACAGCAGGAGAGACUAAUAUCAGACAGGCUGAACUCCACUGGCCUUGUACACCCCAACCCUCCUUCCCUCCCUUUCCUCAGUGCAGAGAAGAAAAGAAAAGAGGGAGUGAGUUCUGCGCUACGUUGAAGACUGGCAGGCGACAGCAGCACAAGAGCACAGAAAACGGCAUGCUUUUGUUCGUGUGGCCGUAAUGAAUUCGAGUCCAAACGCUGAACUUCAAACACAUCAGGGAACAAAGAGUGUGUGAGACAGAGCGAGAGAAAAGAAGAGAGAUGCAAUGCUGAGGGCAUGAUGAAUUAAGAGAGAGUGAGUGUGUGUGUGUGUGAGCGAGAGAGAGAGUACAUGCGCACAGAGACUGUUGAACUGAGGGUGAUGUGACACUGAGAGAAAAUCUGGAAUACAAACUUGCAUCAAAUGGAUAUUUCAUGGAACAGGACUUUUGUUUUAAACUGUAUUUAGUUAACAGUUUGAACAUGAUUUAACUGAAUAAGAUGUUCACUGACAUAUCACAAUUCAUUACAAUAAUUUAGUCCAAUAAGCUUCAAAAACCUGCGUUUUAUAUUCAAGAUGCUUCAUGUGGAUCAUAUGAACUUAAAACCGCUCCAGAAUGUCAUACACAUUGUGUUUGGAAAAGGUACUGGUCAUACCUUCAGUGCACAAUUCAUGCUUCUGCAUGCAGUCUACCUGCUUUCAGUUUUCAUGCCUCUGAAAUAUGAUGAAAACAAAACAAUCUGAAACUUAAAAAUUGAAAUCAUUCCCAGUCGCUGGCUGCUUUUUGGGCCACGUCUCUCUUCCUCAGUGUCACAGAGCUGACUAAUAAUAAACACUGCUUGCCAAGUGUCUGUCAUUAAUGUUCUCAUAUAUGCUGUAGGCAUUUGAGCCCAUUUUUGUAUUGUGUUUUAUGUUAACAAUGUCGCUGUUGUAAUCAACUAUUGGCUGAAAGGCAACAAGAACAGGCUGUUAUGAUUACUCUGUAAUCCUGUCCAAAGAAAAUGGCUGCUGUUGAAGCCAGGAGGAAGAGUGAGGCGGCAUAAAACCAUGAUUCAGAGACGGUUUACUGUUCCGCAGUAUCAAUAAAAAAUAAUCAGGCUCAAACCUGUGUAAAGUUCUAAUGAAGACCAAAGCCGUAGAGUGCCUGCUUUAGUACAUCACGCUAGUGGCUUGGUUUCUGACCUUCACUCGUUCCCUUGUUUAUUGAGCAGACCUGGGUUUGGGCUCAAUCACUUGGGUGAAGCCCAACACACUUCUGUAGUAUUGGGGUCCUGUUUUGUUUUGUUGUUUUUGUUCACAAAUGUUAAGGUAUUAUUUUGUGCUUUAAAUAAAAGAAAUAAUAAACUUGAAAAAAAAAAAAAUCGCACUUUUUGCCAGUGUUGCAGAUAAAUUAGGCCCCACGUGGCUUAUAGCUUUGAACAACUACCAUUUCUAACUAUUACAAGGUCUUAAGCAUCUGAAAUCAGCUGAUGGUUACCACUGUAGGUCUGUACUCAGGAAUGUACGAACGUUAAGCUCUUCCCAACAACUACAAAAUGAUUAACAGUUCUCUGGAACAAUUGAAGAUGUAUCUGCUUAGGAUAUGUGCCUAUAUUUAAGUAGAGAAGUGUGCUCAGUGUAGAAACUAUUUGCAUUUUUUAAUAAGAAUGGUGGCCUUCAUUUUCUCUUUCUAAUUAGUGUAUUUGUUAGUUUGAAAGAAUGAAGAGAAUAAGAGUGUCCUACAUAGUUGGGUCACAUUACAUGCUCAUACACAUUUUGAAGAAACUAGACAAGAUUCUCAGAUUAGAUUUGUGUUGUAGAGUUUUCUCUUCAUGUUGCACAUUUAGGUCUGCUCAGACACAGCUUAAACACUGUUGUGUAGGCCUCUGAUCUAUUACUCUGUGUGAGAGGUCUAUCUCUUCUGUUGUCUUCUGUUCUAUUCUGUUCUUUUUCUUCCCAUACAGUUCAUGUACUCCAUAAUGUUCCUCUGGAUGUAUGUAACCGGAAAAAAAUAAAGUUGCAGCUGCUCCAAAUACAAA